AGCGCCAUUAAAAGUUUUGUCACCACACUUUGACACAGUCAACAUUUCCUGAAAGUUUAAUUCAGGUCAGACUUACCUGGACUGAUAGGUUUCUGACCCGGAGGUGGAUGGGGCUUAAUCCUUGACAGCUGUUCGAGGGUUCAGUCGGAUCCACUGUGCAGUUUUUUGUUUCUUACUCGGCAGUACUCAUCUCUUUCGAGCUGCUCUCUUUCCUAAUCGUCAAGCUUCUAUCCAUGCACACUACCUAUAUCAAGUCUCAUGAAUGAGUCUUACAAACAAAAACUAGCAUGUGGGUCCGCACGGACCCGAUAACAACCAUGAUGGUGUAAUUACGAUUUCCACCCGUGUUAGAGCCGCGCUGGCGGCGCGUUGGUAGAGCAAAUAUUUUUCUACAAAAUGAGACGUUCCGCAGCUAUGGGCGAAUCUUGAUAACCGAUGUAUACAAAUUUUCCCGGAUGCUCCAACAGCAGUUAUAAACUGAUGCAUGCCUAAUUAUAAUACCGUUUCCAAAAAUGUCUUUAUAAAUAAUAUACGUUUACAUACCCUGCACCGGUAUCAACAUAUUCAUCCAGAAGGAGCAUGAUGUAGACCAUUGAUCCAUGCAUGAAAAGCUUCAAUCAAAUGGUAAAAAGCUUGAACAUCUCCCAUACGUUCCCGUGUGGGUCCAACCGGGCUCCUAAGCAGCCAUGAAGCCCAAAAAUGAGAACAGCUGUCAAGGGUUAAUAAAGCGUGUAUGUCAAAUGUUAUUACCAUUAACAAGAAUUCAUAUUGAACAUCUUCGUGAAGCUAUAGUACGUUCUGAUCAAUACGAUGUUGAUUAUGGAAUAUCUGAUGAAGAAGAUGAACUUUUAAACAUAAAUGAGUUCAAUCCUACAUCAGAUUAA